CAUCAUAAAUGAAUUCAAAUUGGCUACUGCGUUGGUAGUUAGUGAACGUCGUGUCAGAUCACUUGUUAUAACCAUGCUUAUUCCCCUGUUUUGUGUGAUGUUAAAUUAUGUGACAGUGUUAUUAGGCGCGAGUGUUGACAAUAAUAGCAAGUUCGUGCCUGUUUUCUCUUGGAAUUACAUUAACUUUAGUUGGCCCUCUGAACAAACAAUGGUCGAAUUUGGUUAUGUCCCUGGAGAAGACGUGAUCGCCGGUAUUAAAAUUUAUAAAAACGUCAUUUACUUAGCUCUUCCGAGAAUAAAACGAAGUUCAAGAGUAACUUUAGCUUCCAUUCCUAUCGACGCAAAUAAAGAAAAUCCACUUCUGUCACCGUAUCCCAACUGGGAAAUGAAUUCGGGAUCAACUUGUGAUGCCAUUCAGAAUGUUUUGAGCAUGGAAAUUGAUAAAGACGGCAUUAUGUGGGUUUUAGAUGCUCGAAGAGUCGACAAUAAUACCGAUUGUCCACCGAAAAUCAUUUUAUUAGAUUUGAACGGCGAGGGAAAAAUCGUCGAUAGCUUCCAAGUGCCGGACGAAUUGUGCCCUCAUCGAGGCGGUUGCUUUCUCAACGACAUCGUCGUCGAUGGCGAUUAUGCCUACGUUUCGGACACGACCUCUUCAGAUCCAGGAAUUUUUGUCUACAACAGGAAACUGAAGACUUCGUGGAAAGCCAGAGAUAAAAGCAUGUUUGGUGACCCUGAUUCCGUCAAUUUUACAGCGCAAGGUGUUCAAAAUCAACAUUUGUCACACGUUAAUGGUAUCGCUUUAUGCUGCGGCAAGGAGGAAAGAACUUUCUUUUAUAUGCCGCAAACAUCAUUGCACAUUUUCUCAAUAAGUAAUUCAGUUUUGAAAAAUCGAUCAAUCGCAACUGGGAGCAAUUUGCAUAAUUUUAUCACCGACAAAGGGACAAAGCAAGGACAAUCAGGAGGAAUGAUAUGUGACACUGAAGAUAACAUUUACUACGGAAUAUUACCGUUAAAUGCUGUUGGUAAAUGGAAUGUUAAAAUGCCACUCGAAACCGCUGUAAUUGUUGAACAAAACGAUGAAAUCAUUAAGUGGCCCGACAGUUUUUCCAUUUAUGAUAAUUAUUUGUUUUUGAUCACAAACAGUAUCUCCAAAUUUUCAAAAAAAGCUAUCAAUUUGAGCGAAAUAAAUUUCCGAAUAAUUAAGCUUCAAUCGAACAGUAAAAGUUAUGUUCACUGUUAACUGGUAUUUUUGUGUUUGCUUUGUUUACCAUAAUUAACAAUGUAUAGAAAGAAGAAUUUGGCUGGCUUUUGUUUGACAUUUCAAGUAUUUACUAGUAUUUAAGUUAAAGAAAAUCUUUAAAUAAAAUAGUAUCAAGUUUUUGUAGUUAAAGAGAGGUACAGGAGAUAAAGUCGUCUUGCACAAACAUUAAAGCUUAUAUUGAGUGAAACAUGUUUCGAGCCCUAACUAGUGCCAUCUUCAGUCUAAAUUGAUAAUAAAAGAAAAAGAAUAUUAAAUUUAAAAAAAAUUUAAAAGUAAAAGUAAUGUAAUGUUUUCAACGCCGUGAUCGAAGAAGCUUCAGUUCUUCGCUUACUUUUACUUUUUUAGAUUUUUAAAUUUUUUUAAAAUUUAAUCUUCAAUAAUUUAUAUGUUUUUAUUUUUAAUUUAGACUAAAGAUGGGACUAGUUAGAACCCGAAACAUGUUUCAUUCAAUAAAAACUUUAAUGUUUCUUUAAAAUAGUAUCAGUAUCAAUCUAACAAAAAUUAUUAUGGGCUCCACCUGUCUAGGCGUAGGUAAAUCUCUACUGAUAAAGAAAUUGUUUGAAAAAAAUCGAAUGUGUAGAACAAUAUAGAAUAACAAACUUAUACUUAAGCAUUUGUGUUUUUGUGUUUUUGUUUAUAUUAGUACUAGGAUUUUCAUUUAUUCUCUAAUAAACGGUUGUAUCGUU